GCCGCAGAGAGGAGCGAGCCGGCGAGGAGCGCUGGUGGUGGGGUCCCUGGACGUGUCCGGGGGCAGCGCGGGCGGGACAUGAGCGGGGACUCGGCAGCUGGCAAGAUGGCUUUCUCCGUCUGUCCCACGGGACCCGCCGACAGCCUGGAGCUCCUGGACCUCCUGUUCGACCGGCAGGACGGCAUCCUGCGACACGUUGAGCUGGGCGAGGACUGGGGCGGCGUCGAGGACCAGCAGAUGUUGCCAGGCCCUGACCCCGAUGACUUCCUCAGCUCCAUCCUGGGCUCGGGAGAUUCAGCGCCCAGCUCCCCACUCUGGUCUCCCGCGGCUAGUGACAGCGGCAUCUCCGAAGACCUGCCCUCCGACCCCCAGGACACCCCUCCACGCAGCGGACUCUCCACCAGCCCAGCUGGCUGCCGUCCUGCCGGGCCCUGCCCCAACUACCGUCCCAGCCCCCUCUGCCCCUCCAGGCCCCCAGGGCCAGUCAUCCAAGUGCUGGAGUCCUCGGUGGCCAUAGACCUGGGAACAUGGAGCCCAGGAGGAAGCCUGUAUGCUGAGGAGCUGGCCGAGCCGGUGGACUUGCCCCCACGCUGCAACCUCACGGUCAAAGACCUCCUCCUUUCCGGCAGCAGCGGGGACUUGCAGCAGCAUCACCUGGCAGCCCCCCACAUGCUGCGACCUGGGACAGGGCACUGUCAGGAGUUGGUGCUGACAGAGGACGAGAAGAAGCUUCUGGCCAAAGAGGGCAUCACUCUGCCCACCCAACUGCCCCUCACCAAGUAUGAGGAGCGAAUGCUGAAAAAGAUCCGCCGGAAGAUACGAAAUAAACAGUCAGCCCAAGAAAGCAGGAAAAAGAAGAAGGAAUAUAUCGAUGGUUUGGAGACUCGGAUGUCAGCCUGCACUGCCCAUAAUCAAGAGUUGCAGAGGAAAGUCUUGCACCUUGAGAAGCAAAAUCUGUCCCUCUUGGAGCAGCUGAAGAAACUCCAGGCCAUUGUGGUCCAGUCUACCAGCAAGUCUGUCCAGACGGGCACCUGCAUAGCAGUCCUGUUGCUGUCUUUUGCCCUCAUCAUCCUCCCCUCCAUCAGCCCUUUCGCCACCAACAAAGCCGAGAGCCCCGGGGACUUUGCACCCAUGCGAGUCUUUUCCAGAACUUUGCACAACGACGCUGCCUCCCGCGUGGCCCCCGACGCCGUGCCAGGCUCCGAGGCCCCAGGACCCCAGCCCGAGGCUGGCACGCCCCACGGAGAGUCUCCAGGCAGCCCCGGGGUGGACUGGGGCAUCCGGGACACGCUGGCGCGGAGCAAUUCGACACGGGAGCUGGACAACUCGACCCUGGUCCUGGGCAACUCCACGGAGGAGCUGGGCCGGGCCACCCUGCUGGACUGGGUGGCGCGUGAGUCUGUCCUCAGCCCAGGACUCUCGGGGCUGGAGGCGGCGGGGGACGAGCUCUGAGCCCCACCGGGAACGUGCUCCCAGGCCCCUCUGCCCAAGGCUGCUUCCGGGGUGCUUCAGUGGACAGUGACAGGCCCGGGGAGAGGGGGUGAGGUGGUGACCUCGGCGCAGAGGCCAGGGGGGGAGGCGCGGACUCACAGCCACACACCCAGGGACUGCCUGAGGCCACCGGAGACACAGGGCAGGGGUUGGGCUUUUCACAGAGCCAGGCACAGAAGGAAACAGACUGACACAGACACGGGGACACACACGCACAUGCACAGACACAACAGGUGCCCCAGUGACUCCCCCAGCCGGGUCCCCUCCCUGCCUCCGUCGCACUUAGGGAGGAGGAAGCGGCGGAGGCUGCAGGGAGCCUGGCCCCGGAGCCACCACGGCCGGCCGCAGUGGGCGCCUUCGCUGGGACUGCCCGAUCCUUAAUAAAGUAUUUUGACA